ACCAUUUGGCUUGGGUCGUUUUUAUGUCCAAAUUCAAAAUUUGACGUUCCACUUUGAUGAUACAUGCAAUGACGCAACGACUUCUAUUUAUGUUGUUGCCUUAUCUCGUUGUGAGAACAUAACAAUCAUUACAAAGCUAGCUUCAAACUCUUAUCAAAGGUGAACGAAUUACAAGCAUAAAACAUGGUGGAGAAGAAAGUGGUCAUCGUAGGAGGUGGUGUCGCCGGUGCUGUCCUUGCAAAAAAUUUGCAAAAUCAGGCCAACGUCACCCUUAUUGAUCCGAAAGAAUAUUUUGAGAUUCCAUGGGCAAGCUUGAGGGGAUUGGUUGAGCCAUCCUUCGCUGAAAGGAUAGUGAUCAACCAUAGAGAGUACUUCAAAAAAGGUGACCUUGUUAUAUCAAGUGCUGUCAACAUAACUGAAACUGAAGUCUUCACUGCAGAUGGUAGUCAGAUUCCCUACGACUACCUUGUUAUUGCCACCGGCCACACAGAACAUAUACCAAAAACCAGGAGUGAAAGACUUGACCAAUACAAAGGAGAAAAUACAAAGAUAAAGUCUGCAGGUUCAAUUUUGAUUGUUGGGGGAGGUCCAACUGGUGUUGAGCUUGCAGCAGAAAUUGCUGUUGAUUUUCCUGAUAAGAAGGUCACUAUAGUGCAUAAAGGAUCAAGGUUGUUGGAAUAUAUUGGGCCAAAAGCUUCAAGGAAGACUUUGAAGUGGCUUAAAUCAAAGAAAGUUGACGUGAAACUAGAGCAAUCGGUUGAGUUGAACUCCACUAAUGAAGAAAAUCGGACAUAUCAAACUUCACUUGGUGACACUAUAGAAGCAGAUGCUUAUUUUCUAUGCAUAGGGAAACCACUUGGUUCAGCAUGGCUUAGAGAGACAUUUUUAAAGGAUGACUUGAAUGCUGAUGGAAGGAUCGAGGUUGAUGAACACUUGAGAGUGAAGGGUAGGAGCAACAUUUUUGCAAUUGGAGAUAUUACAGAUGUUCAAGAAAUCAAACAAGGGGUGUACGCACAAGGUCAUGCUCAAUUGGUUGCCAAAAACCUGAAGCUGUUGAUAGAGGGAGGAGGCAAAGAGCGUAAAUUGGGAACAUACAAGGCACAACCACCAAUAUCUAUUGUUUCACUGGGAAGGAAACAUGGGGUUGCACAAUUCCCAUUCAUGACGAUCAUUGGAAGGUUUCCUGGCAUGAUCAAAUCAGGGGAUUUAUUUGUGGGGAAAACGAGAAAGGAAUUAGGACUCGAACCUAAUGUUAAAAAAUCUUAAUUUCACAGUGGUGUGGUGUGUAUAUAGGAUGUAAACUCUUUUUGUUUAGUCAUUGUUGUGCAUGUGUAAGUUGAUUAUGUGUUUUCUUUCAUUUUGUUUUCAAGGAAUUCCAAUGUAUCUGUAAUAUUUAUUAAUGAUGUUGAUGUUGUCAGUGUUGUCUCGAGGUAGUAUAAUUUAUAUGGGAUUGGAGCAGAAAGCGGCAUAUUAAUAUACAAGUGUUACAAUGCAUUUUUUGGAUAU